GUAUGCUCAAUGAAUCAGACCAGCGGUUCCACUCAUCAGCUGGGCUCUCAGCCUCAGCUCUACACUAACUCUGGUCUCCUGAUGACAACCAGUCAGCCGGGGUUCUUCCCUCCCCAACAACCUGGCUUCCCAGCGGUUAAUCCUUACCAGGGAGGCAUGGGCAGUCAGCAGUUCCAGUUUCCACAGAAUCCACAGCAGGUCGGCGCGUUUCAACAGCCUGGAUUUGGAAUGUUAGGAGGCCAGCCGUUGGCCGGCAGUCAACAGAAUUUGGGCAGCCAGCAGUUUCAGAACUUUCCGAUGUUUCCUCAGCAAAUGAUGCAGCAGAUGACAGUACAGCAGCAACAGCAGCAACUCCAACAGCUCCAGCAGCAAAUGCAGCAGAGUCAGCAGCCACAACAGCAGCCACAACAGCCACAGCAGUCGCAGGCAACGAAUCAACAGCAGAUGCCUCCGCAACAGCAACCACAGCAGCCACAACAGCCUCAGAAUCAUCUGCCACAACAGCCACAGAUGCCUCCGCAACAACAGCCGCCGAUGCCUUCACAACAGCAUCAACAGCCAUCUAAUCAGCAGCUGCAACAUCCGCCCACGCAACAUCCGCCCACGCAACAGCCGCCUCCACAACUGCCACCUCCACAACAGCCGCCUCCACAACUGCCGCCUCCACAACAGCAACCGCAGAAUCCGCAGCAGCAGCAACAAAUAUCUCAACAUCAACAUCAACAGAAUCAGCUCUCAAGUCAACAUCUGCAGAAUCAACAGAAUCAGCUGCUUCAUCAAAAUCAACCUACUGAACAGCCUCAAUACCCAAAUCAGCAACAACUUCAUCAACUUCAACAUGGAGUCGGGCCGAACAAAAUGAACACUCUUCCAUCCAAAUCCCCUUUCUCCGAAAUCGAAAUGAACCCUAGAUUAUCCUCAACCCUCCCCUCGAGCUUCAACUCCCUGAACAACCUUCCACCGUCUCUCCAACAUAAAGAUCUCCUGGAAGGGGCACACUCCAGGGCCCUGGAGAGAUCUCCCUCGGUUACCUCCGGAGCUUCACACUCUCGUCCUCUGAUGAAGAGCAUGUCCAUUGAUAGGGGAGGUCGAGGAACUGAUGUCUAUGUGCCUAACAGUCUCACCUACCAGGAUGACCCCCACAUACAGGCUUCCGUGUUACCUCACAGUGAGGUGGGGACAGUGGGUGAGCAACCGCCGCCCCACAACCAGCAGCACCCGGCAACUCCACCUGAUCAGCACAUCAAGCAGCACGCGCUCAACACUGAAUAUCACCAUGACAACAGUUUCCCUGACAACUCAAUACUGAGUCAGUCUGGCAAUCAGAUGGCUGACUACCCUGACAGCUACUCCUUUGUUAACUACGACAAUACAGAUAACAUGAGUGCACAAGACAAGCUGAAAAAGGAGAUGAUUGAGGAGAUGUACCGACAACAGAUGGAGGCCCUGCAAAGGGAGCGGGGUGUUCAGUACGACCCCAAGAAGAUAGACCCUAGUGAGAUCAGGAAGUCGAAGAAGAGAGGAGAUGACCUGUCGAGUCCCGCCUCCUCCCAGGGAAGCGGUCAAGACAUCGGUCAGCCAAGACCUGGCAGACAACCCAGCGGAAAUGCCGGAAAUAGCGGAACAAGCGAAGUAGUACAGAAAUCUGGGGGUGGUCAGCCAUCGGAUCAGAGAAGAGGGGAGACGCUGCAACAGCAGGCUAAUGCCGGGGAGACGCUGCAACAGCAUGCCGGUCCACUGGCUCAGUCACUCGAGAAUCAGCUGCCUCCUGUUCCGAACCCUCGCACUCUACUGGAAUCCACGCAAGACCCUCUACAAACACCUGCUACAGUAACCCAGCAGAAACCACUACCACAACAACAACAGCAACUUCCAGUAACUUUCCCCAGUCCAGCUAAUCCGCAGAAGAAUCUCGUUUCAAAUCCAGCUGCGAACAAUUUGCCUACGGGCCAAUCUCAGGGAAAAAUCAGCAAUCAGAUGAGUCAACCGUCAGUUCAUCAGUCAGUUCCACAUUCUCAUCAAGAGAUGAUAAAUCAGUUGCAGGCCCAAUUAGGGCAAAACAAACCUGGUCCGAUAAAUCACGGUCAAAAUCAGCCUGGUCAGAUGAAUCAGGGUUUCCAAAACCAGCCGGAUCAGCUCAACCGCGCUCCCGCGGUCCCAAACCAAAACGUCAGUCCCCAACAAUCUCAAACCAUUAUGGGACAGAAUCCUGGGCAAUUGCAGGCACAACUCAAUCAAAAUAUGCAGCACUCGAACCAUCAGAUUCCAAAUCAGCCAGUACCGAACCAGCUGAUUCCGAAUCAGCCGGUACCAAACCAGCAGUUGCAAAAUCACCAGGUCCCAAAUCCUGGAGCUAUAAAUCAGGGUCAAAAUCCAGCGGCUCUGAAUCAUGGACAAAGCAAUUUGAAUCCUAAUGCGCCGCAGAUGGGCAUGGGUUUUCAGUUUAAUCCUUACCAGCAACUUGGGAUGGGGAACGCUUUUCCGGGGCCAUAUGGUAAUCCUAUUAUGGGUGGUGGAAUGUCACAGUCUUUUUCAAACCUAAACCUAGGAUCGGGUGGAACCGGGGACAGCGCGUCAAACCUCUCUCAAUCCGCUAACGCUAUCAACUUCCCACCUGCCUUCACCCAACCUAAUAUUCUGGCGAAUCUGUCUCCCCAGCAACAACUGCUUCUGAUCCAGAACCCUCAAUUACUCUACAACUACCAGCAGCUCCUUGCAAUGCAGUCCAUACAACCAGGACCACCAACACAACCAACUGAAGCUGCCCUGCCACCGCCAAACAUCUUGCCCCCAGUUACCUCUAGCAACAAUGUACAUACCACAAAUACCAACAAUGCGCAUACCACUAGCAACAGUGUGCAUAUCAACACUUCUUACCACGACAACCCUCCCCCCGCCCAUAACAACAACAAAAACAACAACAACAGUCUUGGUAACCAUAGCAACCAACAGCAGCCUGAAGCUAAACUGGAGGUUCCUGAUGUUCAUAAGAUAAGACGUGGUAACUUUAUCAAGAGUGAGAGUCUGGGUUCUAAAAAUUACAGGUCGCCACGUCUGGAAUCGUCCAGCUCAUCUAUUUCAAUCGGUGUAGGGAAAAACUCGGAAUGCGACGAGAGCAAGUCGGUGGACAGUUUGUCGUUAGCGUCUCGUGACAGGGGGCUAUCACUUGACGAUAUGGCUGCCCAUGAAGAUGGGUACAUGACUGAUAGUACCAUGUUCACCAUACACGAUGAUGACGAGAACAUCGAGUUACUGGUUACUGACGUCAUCAACUCUCUAGCUCAGGAGCACAACUCUAGGACUGUUCUGGACGCUCUCCAGAGUGUUGUUAGACUUGCACUAAAAGGUGAGGAGGCACAGCAGCUGUUAGGGGAGAAUAAUGUGAUAAAGAGUCUUGUAGUUCUGGGGAACAAGUUCGCUGAUGAAUCUGAAGUGGCUGAGAUGAUCUGCACAGCGCUCGGUUGUAUGUGUACACUGAACAGUUCGAACAGGGACCGUGUCAUUAAGUUUGACGGAGUGGAUUUGAUGGUGACCUUCAUGAACAAGCAUCCCACAAAUGAGGCCAUCCAACAGGAAGCUUGUCUGGCCAUCAACAAUCUUUGUAUCAAUAAUGCUGAUAACGAACGGCACAUAGUAGAGAAGGGAGGACUUGACGCUGUGUUAUCUGCCAUGCAACAUCUGAGCUCAUUUUCCGAUGUACAAGAAGCAGCAUGUUUCGCGCUGGGAGCUUUGUGUGUUAAUAAUGGAAAUAACAGAGCAAUAGUAGCCAAGAUGGGGGGACUGAACUGUAUAGUUUCUGUUAUGGAGAGUUGUGCUGGCUCUGCAACAGUGCAAAUAGCAGCAUUCCACGCUCUCCGCAACAUAGUCUGUAGAAACUCACAGAACCGUUCGCUGGUAGUACAAGUUGGUGGAGACACGGCCAUCAUUAACGCCAUGUUCAAAUACCCACAGAACUCACUUCUCCAACAACGAGGCUUGGGGACACUCUGUAAUCUGUGUAUUGGCAGUGGUGAGUCAAAGUUCAACAAGGCAGCAAUCGGUAAAACCGGAACGAAAGCAGUGAUGAAAGCUAUGUCGGACUUUCCCCGAGACCCAACCAUACAAGCGGCCGCGUGCUACGCUGUUGUCAACCUUUGUGGCAAGGAUGGUGUUAAUCAGGAGCGAAUUGGAGCAGCUGGGGGAGUUGGGCUAGUUCUGAAUGCUCUGAAAGAGUACCCCUCAGAUACAGGAGUCCUGAACCCAACUCUACUUGCCCUUAAAGCUCUCACUCAAAAACACGUUGCGAACAGCGAGAAGUUGUUGAACCUGGGAGGGGGUAGUGUACUCCUGAACACCAUGAAGAACGUUCCGAAUCUUGUGAACGUGCAGGAAGUUGGAGCCGAGAUUAUUGGGGAUCUCUGUCAGAUGGGAGGACUACCAUGUUCAUUGAACAUUCCUGAGAAUGAAAGCAAGGCGGGUGUGACCCAGCAGCUGGUUGACGCGGGUGCUAUUGAUGUCCUGUUGACGGUGAUGGACCUGGCUCCCCAGUCCGCUGGGCUCCAGGAGGCUGCUACAUACGCUCUCUGCAACAUCUGCGCUACCCCAGAACCCUCCUACCGAGAGAUGGUGUACAGGAGUGAGGGUAUCAACAUAGCUCUGCAAGCUAUGGACAGAUUCGAGAACAAUGCUCCCAUGCAGCGAGCAGGGUGCUGCUUGCUAUACAAUAUCUGCAUUGGAAACGUUGAGAUAGAACGGACAAUAGUGAACAGUGGCGGUAUAACAGCGAUACUAAAAGCACUGGACACGUUCGCAACUGACAGUACAAUCCAAGAAGCCGGCUGCAUAGCCCUCCACAAUCUUUGUGCUAAAUCAGCGGACAACAGGAAGUUGGCAGCUAAAGAGGACGCGAUACAACGAGUGAUACGCGCAAUGAAGGAAUGUAGCGGAAGUGCAAGUGUUCAGGAGGCUGCUUGUAAAGCUAUUAUCAACCUCACUGCCAAAAAUAUGCCCAAUAAAGUGCUGUUGGGAGAGCAGGACGGCAUCAACGUGCUUCUGAAGACAAUACAAAGAUAUUCCAAUAACGCUGUAGUUAUGGAGGCGGCUGUCACCGCUCUCAGAAACGUCUGCAAUAAAUGCAUUAACAACAUCAACAUAAUCAAAGUACAGACCCGUCUCGGAGUUCUGCUGGCAGCCCUGGAGAACUCUCUCCAGCAUUGUGCUCAGAACGCUGCCAUUCAGAAGGCGGGUUGUGAUAUCAUCAGUUAUGCUUGUGUUGAUAAAGAAACAGCUGACAUUUUAGACUCCUCAUAUACAACUUACCUCCAAAAUUUGCAACGGAAACACGGUAGUGCAGAGGGUGAUACAAAGGUAAUCGACGCAGCAAAACGAGCCCAAAACAAAAUCAAAUCUCUUAGGCACUGACCCUGUAUAACCUGCUGCUAACAGGCUGGAGACAAAGUGAAACGUUUAUCAUGACAAAGUGAAACGUUUAUCAUGACAAAGUGAAACGUUUAUCAUGACAAAGUGAAACGUUUAUCAUGAGAGGGAUAAAAAUUUGUUAAAAUCUGUGAAUAACUACACGAUCAUCAUCAGUCUAGCUGAAUAGCAGACAUUUGUAAUGAAAACUAGGAACUGCUAUAUAUUUUGUAGAUUUUUAUUUAGCGCCACUACAAGA